AUGAAGGCGAUCGAGUUGGAGCCUCAUCAUGCCAUCUAUCAUUGCAAUUUAUCGGCUGCUUUAUUAGGGUUGCGUAAUUAUGUUGGAGCAGCAGAAGCAGCAGAAAAAGCAGUGGAAUUAGAUCCACUCUAUGAUAAAGCAUAUGUGAGAUGGAUACAAUCGUUAGUUGAAUUAGUGCAGGGAAAAGAGGCUCUUGAUGUAUUGAUUCGAUUUUAUGAAAUUUUCAAAUCAAAGGGAAAGUUGACAAGUGAUUUGGAGAAAAUUAUGGAACAAAAAGCAUUCGAAGUUAAAAAAGCACUCAUCAAGUCACACAAUAUGAUCAAGAAAUAUUCAGUAUUGCUUGAUGGUGGAAAACCAGUAGAAUACGUUGCAGGAAAACAUUUAUCGGAAUAUCUAUCAAAUGGAGCUCUCUUUCGAAAAUUAUAUCCACAUGCAAUCAGUCGCUCAAGCAUUCCAGAUCCAAAACGAAUUCUCACUCCAGAACAUAUUAUUCAAUUGACGCAAGCAUUUGAAACGGAAAAACCAAAAAUUAAGCACUUUUCAAAAGCUAAGAAAAUUCUCAAUAAUCUAAUGAAUGAAAGAAAGGGUGGAGAUUUUAGAAAGAUUGUAGGAUGUGUCGAUGAAAAGUACAUCAAACAAAACCAUACGUGGUUUCUUUUCGCAUUUCCAGUUCCUAACUUUGUAGAUGCGACGGAUUUCGCAAAGUACAAGUCUUUUCGUUCAGCUGCCAUUCGACCCUACACAAUCCAAAUCUAUGAAGAGACUGCAGAUUGUGGAACUUUACCACUGCUCACAAAUACUGUUAGCCAAUGGUCUAAUUUUAAGGGUUUACCUGCGAAACAUCCAAAAUUUGGCUAUGCUCUUGAUAUUGUUAGCAGUCUUUGUGAAAUCAUUGUUACCAAGUUUGACGAGUCAAAUGGUCAACCAUUCCUUCCUGAUCAACUUGUAAUUAAUUGUACAGAUUAUAUGAAAAGUGUCACUGAAGCUAUGGUCAACUAUAUCAUUCUACAAUAUUUACCAGGAUUUAAAUGUGUGGUGCAAGUGUCUCGCCACGAACUUCCAUUCUCAUCCAUUCAACAAGCUAUUCAAAUGUUUAGAACUGAAAUGUCUAUUACCGAUCUUCAUCCAUUUGUUGCUCAGAAAUGCAUGCGAGAAGCAUGUGAGGAAAGAGGUGAAAUUUUUACACACGAGUUUGGACAUAGUUUAUUUGAGGCUUUGUCAGAUUUAGGAGAAUUAAGACCUUGGAAAAUCUUCUCCACCGAUUUUGCCAUUUAUGUGACCAUUCGACACUCGAAAUACUUUGAGAAUACGCCUUUCAAUGCACCAAAUUUGACAAAUUUAAUUAAUAAGAGAGGAGUUGGUAUUGAAGGUCUUGAUUUUAUGGAUGGAAGGAAGGAACGUAUUAUUUGUGUGAUGGGACAUACAGAUCCCAACUCGUCAGGAUUUUCCGUACUGAAUGAUUUGGAUGCCUUUUUGACAUUUAUUCCAAAGCCUUAUGUGAUUGAACAAGUUCCAAGUGUACAAUACACUGGCAAGGAUCUAAUAUCCCAUGACGACUUGGAUGAUAUCAAAGCCUACGAUUGGCCAAUUUAUAAGGGUGACACUCGCGAAUUUUAUCCCAUGGUUGAAAGUGUUUUAAAGAACUUCUUUCUAACACCAAAAGAUGCAAGCAAAAUCAAGAGAUGUGAACUUCGAGAAUUAAAAUGGAUCGAAGCAGCUGCGAGAGGAUUAAGUGCUUUCAUUCGAAAGAGAUGUGCACACGGAUAUCCUGUGGUAAAUUCACCAUUCGAAAUAUCGGUCAAUGCUCACGAUGGAGAAGCCACUGUUAAAAUAUUAGUGAAAAGAGAGUACUACCCAAAUCGAACAGCAGAAAAAACGCAGAAAAAGUAUCAGAGUGCUUUGGAUCAUAUUGGUCGAAUGUUCGAUACCAUGGUCCUAGCAAGGGAACAACAAAUGAAUGAGGAGGCAAAGAAAUUUGAGGAAAAACUCACUGCAUCAUCUACGGGUGACUUAUCAUCAUCAACUACUUCUGCAAAUAUUUCACCCAAAUUGAAUUCUUCUUCAUCUUUGACAACUCAAACGGAGAUCAAACCAUCAGAAAAGAAGUGCUGUACUUGUUGUGGGGCAGAGAAAAAUGCAACCACAAAACUUUUCCUUUGUGGAGCCUGUAAAUCAGUUCUGUAUUGUUCAAGAGAAUGUCAACAAAAGGAUUGGCCCCACCACAAACAAUAUUGCAAGAAGAAGUGA